UUUCAGUCUGUAUCCGGACUGUCCCGUUCACUUCUCAUCUACUGUAUUUGCCCUACAUCACAGAAAUUCCUGUAGCAUUAUGGAGCUGAUUCUUUGGACGCUUACUUUAGUUACGUUUUCAUGUCUGAUUGAGGCCAAGCAGAAAGACUUUUACACCUUUAAGCUGGUAAACAGCAGAGGGAGGUUAGUUUCUUUGGAGAAAUACAGAGGGUCGGUCUCAUUGGUUGUGAAUGUGGCCAGUGAGUGUGGAUACACGGAUGAACACUACAAAGAUCUCCAGCAGUUGCAAAAAGAUUUCGGGCCCUUUCAUUUCAACGUGCUGGCUUUCCCCUGCAACCAGUUCGGCCAGCAGGAGCCCGGCAGCGAUAAAGAGAUCGACAGUUAUGUGCGACGAGUCUACGGGGUUUCCUUUCCCCUAUUUAGCAAAAUUGCCGUGGUCGGUGUAGGGGCCAAUAAUGCUUACAAGUACCUUGUGGAGGCAUCGGGUAAAGAGCCAACGUGGAACUUUUGGAAGUACCUCAUUGACAUCGAUGGUAAAGUGGUUGAUGCCUGGGGUCCUGAUGUCUCCGUGAAGGAAAUUCGCCCCCGGAUAGCGGAUAUGGUUCGAAAGCUUAUCAUCAAGAGGAAGGAGGAGCUGUAGUGUGUCAUGUUCACUUUAGAGAAACUCUGACAGAUGUCAACGCUCAGACCUCAGAAAUCGAUUUCUUUGAAGAAACAGGUGCUAAUGAAAGCCACACAAAGUGUGAGAUAAGUUCAAUACAAGCCAGGUUUUGAAUGAUCUGAGAUCUUUUCCCAGGUUUAUUGGAUCUUUUUGUCAGAUUUUUCUGUUUGAGAAGAGAAGCACUGAGGAGCAAAGCAACAAAAUACCACUUUUAUUAAUAAACAACAGAAGACCACUUACACAUGCUUUGAUAUUAUACUGACAUACACUUUACAUCUAAUGGUACAACAAUCAUACAAGAAAAAAUGAGUAACUGAGAUAAAGUUAUUUUCUUAUAUAUUUUGUGGACCGUUUGAAAGGUGAAAAGCAUUCAAGGCAAUCAUUUUUUUUAUUAUGAUACUGUAGUACAUUUUUAUUUGGUUAAUUUAAACACUUCUUCAUAACAAGCCUUACAAGGUGAAAACAUCAUUUAUAACCCAAACCAUUUUUUCUAUAAAAUUUUUUUUUUAUAGAUGAUAGAAUACUAAAUCAAGGACAGGCACAAAUAUUUUUGUCCAUUCUGCACAGAGAUUUUGAGGACCAGUAAACAGUUUAACCAUUGCUAUUUACAACAUUUCGUUUCUUUCUUCACGACUGUCCUCUAAAACAGCUUGAAGCGUGACUGGGAAGCAAGUGUUAAACAUUCUUUUAAUUCAAGUAUGCAAAAGGUGUCUCUGUGACUUUUAAUUAAAGAAAGAGGCUAUAUUAAAUCUGUUUCUGUUUUACUAUUUGAUUCAUGUUAUACAACAUUUUACUUGCACAUACUUUGAAUGUUUUUGCUCAAGUAUCUCUCACUAAAAUCUCCUCAAUUGCAAACCUGAGCAGUAUGUAUAUUAUACUUACUCACAGUGAGAAUUGCAUUGAGAUUUUGUAACACGUUCAAGGAAAGCCUGAAUUCAAGGUCUGAUGGAUAAGUUGAAUAGCAAAACAUCUAUUAUAAAUAAAUGUCAAGGUCUUAUAUUUCUGACAAAUAAAUCACAUCAUCAGAGCAAGUAGCUCUGUAAAAAAUAGCUGUGAAUGUUUUAAAAAUAAAUCCUCAUGAGUCCUA